AUGGGAUCUAUGCCACAGCUUCAACAACGGCCGCCCGCCAGCUUCCAGCCUGGAUUCCUGCGGCCUGUUCAGGCGUCCUGGGCCCAGCCCAUGAGCGCCCCUCAGCACCCACCAGGCGGCUAUGGGCAGCCGUGGGGGCCCCUGCCGGCCUUAAGCCCCCCAACAGCACAGUGGGGAGCGCGGCCGGCUCGGCCCCCUGCUUACAAUCCAGGAGGGCCCAGACCCCCGCCCGGUGCCCCCCUGCCUGGCCCACCACAACAUCCCGGCCCAAUGCAGCAGGGCCGAGGCUAUCACAGCAGCGGCGGCCGCGGCGGCGGCCGCAGCGGCGGACGGUAUAGCCAGGAUGGCGGCAGGGGCAGAGGGGGGCCACCCCCGGGUCGUGGCAGGGGGGAGGGCAGGGGAGAAGCAAGCAUCGAGGCUUACUACUCGCCAACCAUGGUGGAGGAUCCCUGGCGUUCCCUCCGUCAGACCCAAAACAGGCCACCAAGUGCCAAAUUACCUCCACAGAAGGGCGACGGAUCCGGAAAAAGAGCAGACAAUCCCGCUGUAACCCUUCAGGAUGCAACGGAGACUGAUGGCGCUGAGGGUGUGCCUGUGGAGGGGGCAGAGAUGAGCAAGCUCUCUGAGGAGGGCGCCCAAGAUAGGCCUUGGCACUGA